UAAAGUUAUUUGUCUUGCAGCCUCAAUUGGUAGCACAGCAUUUACUCUUCUUCAUCACCUCACACCAGUUGCUCUACUAGGAACUACAUUCAGAGAGCAUGGAGACUUACGGACAUACCACCACCUCCACAACAACAACCUCCACCACCACCACCACUGUUGCUAUAGGACCGGAUAUAAGUUAUGCCAAAAGUCUACGAGGUAUUCUAAAAAUUGCUGAAAUCUUUAUUUCAAUCUUGACUCUCAUCUGUGCCUCAGUAGCCAUUCGAUAUGCAAUUGCAGGUGUUGGCUGGGUGCAGUUUGUUGCUGUGGUUACAUUUAUUAUUUUCGUCACUUUCUUUUUGUUGCACUUCUUGCACAUUUUUGCCAGGAUACCAGCACCUAUGUUAUUAAUUGAAUUUGCUGUCUACGUGGGGUCGUGUGUCUGCAUAUUCAUUGCAGCCAUAGUUGCAGCCUGUUAUGGGUAUGUCGCAUCUCUUGGUGCAGCUGCCUUCUUCCUGUUUGCUACACUGGCUGUCGCCUCCUACGAGUGUGUCUACCUGUUCCGAGACUACAAGGGAACCAGGCAUCCAUCAGCUGCCUCUCCGGAUAUGGCUAAUGUGGAGAGCACUACCACAACGACCACUUAUGAAUCUCGGCCACAGUACUGAGGAGGAGGAGGAGGGGGAUGAGCUCCUCGUCCACACUUCAUCGAACAACGUCGAUACUGAUGAUGACAUUGAAAAAAUGAGCAUUAAUAAUAAUUAUAAUAAUAAUAAUAAUAAUAAUAAUAAUAAUAAUAAUAAUACUUGAAAUAAUAAUGAUAAUUAAUUAUAAUGUCUCCUUGGCAACUGUAAACAAAACCAUCUCUCACUUCUUCUUCUCCUCAUACAA